AUGCCCGGUGGUCGGACCUCGUCAGUGCCCAUGGCAUGGCUGAACGAUGCCCGCCGGUCCCUCAGCGAGGGCGGCACUCGUUCAGGCCGAGAUGUCGUCGAUGCUCUGAUUCCUCUUCUAAGCGACUGGGACAUCAUAUAUCUUCGCCAAAGAAUAGCAGAGCUCCGCGGCACUCCCACCGCCUUGGCCAAUUUCACCGAUCUCUCCUUGGACUGCAUCUAUCUCAUCCUUCCCUACCUCACCAUGCGAGACUUCCUCGCCAUGAGGCUCGUGUCCAGGGAGUGGAACCGAAUCUUGUCCCGGCCCGAGCUUCUCGUGAUCCUCUGCCGCAGAUACUUCCCAGGUAUCAGCACGCAGAAGGCUAUGGCCGCCGGCGCCAACGUUCAAGAGUUCGCCAACAUCGCCCGCCUAUACAGUCGCAAGACAGAAGACACCUGCGGCAAGAUGUUCGUCCCAUGGGAUAUUGAAUCCCACACUGCUGCCACCGACAUUACUACCACCAUACGAGACGACCCCACCAGUGACAGCGGACCUAAGGGCAUAUACCUCAGACAUCCAACCUUUGAAACUGUCUGCGGCGAUGGCAAGCUUGUCCUGUUAGCCAACAAGAACUACCUCCUCAUAGAUGACCUGGCCAAGGGAACCCGGACGAAGCUGCCCCUUACCGCCGACCCUCGUGUUACCCGCAGGCUCAUGAAGGUAGAGGCCGUGACAGGGAAAAUCAUCGUUAUGUCGUCUCUCCCAGGGCCAACUCUUGCAGCCAUAGCAGGCCAUCCAGUCCCCGAGGCGGCCAGGCUUCGAACAAUCCAUGUCUACCAUUUCGAGCUCAAAGUUUGGCGCAAUGUCAUACUUCCCGCACGUAUUGACGAGUGCUUCGCCUACGAUGAGAAGUUCGUCGUCAGCUUCCACUCCAAAGAUGUCAUGCUGUGGACUUGGACCAAGGGACUAGUCGAACUUCCCUUGGGCCAUCCGACGUUCAACGUGGGACCCCGAGGCUCUGAAAACUUAUAUUCUUCCGUGGCCGGCGUCUUGUUCCACCCUCUCGAUGACAACACUAUCUUCCUGGUCUGGGUGUAUUUCUUUAGCGGUGUACAUGUCAGCGAGAAUCUGUUCACCAUUGUCGUCGUCAAAUACAAUUACGACGCGGACGGCGAUCGUUGGGUUCCAACGAAGGAUUAUAGACACUCUGUCUCUCAUCCGAUACCCGAUCCUGGCCCCUCGAACCACUGUUUCGGAGGCCAGACAGACCCGCUUGGCUCUUGCUUCUCGCGCCGCUUCAGCAAAACAAGCCCCGAUGGCAUGUACCUCGUUGGUCUCUUUUUCCUCAUCAACUACAUGAGUGAGCAGGACAACGAGGGCAUGUGCAAGUGCGUGCAACCGUCAUGGGACAAGGACUGCGUGCGGGCUCUCACGUUCAACGUCUGCACCGAAUCGUUCAACGAGAAUCGUUACUAUGGUUUCAAAGACUCUUGGGCUGUUAAUAUCAGAACCAUACUGCGCAAAGGCCGUGGUGUCACUGACCAGGGGACAUUUGAUCACAUCCAAGUGUGGAACGGAGAGCUGUUCAACAUGGUCAUCCAAGUUCUCGCCACUGGAUUGACGCCUGUAAUUGAAGUCAUCAGGGGCCGCCAGGAGAACGGCCUUCCCAUAGCUACGCUAUCCGGCGGUGACUACGAUGUAGAAACAUUGAAGCCAAUCUCAACACAGCGCGCCUUCGGCGAUGGCCCGUUUCAGGUCCAUGCCGGCACCGACUAUCUCGUCCUCGCUGGCGGGCACGGCUAUGCCCUAUGGCGAUGGGACAAGGAAAGGAAGAUGCGACCGGGGAACCAACCAGCUGGUCAGGAUGAGCCGUGGCUGGCCAAUGGCGAACACGUCUCGGCCGACAUGAGACGCUUUGACGAGUCAAGUGAGGAAGACUUCCUCAAAGAGCUCCAUCCUCCCUACGCUGAUGCGCGCUGUGAGCUGUACGAUGUUGUGGUUAAGCUAUACCAUGGCCCCAGGGAUACCGCAUUGGAACGCGUGACUGAUUAG